AUGGACUCUCUCGAGGACAGCACCCACGAGACAGACGCCGGGGAGCGCGCCCAGGCGGGGUCUACCAAGCUGGCCUGGACGGAUGUCGUAGCGCCGCCGCCAAGGAAGGUUGUCUUUUGGCUCCCGCACCAGGUUUCAAACUUUAUCUUCAACUGCGCCGAGAAGGAGUGGGACCCGUACACGGAUCAGCUCUACCAGGGGCUGUGGCGCUGGGGCGAGUUCGCCUUCAACACGAUGUUCCUCAUCGAGCUGCUCAUCAACUUUUACGGGAUCGCCUUCUGCUUCUGGCGGUACAACUGGGCGUGGAACACCUUCGAUUUGAUCGUCGUUGCCAUCGGGACCCUCACGAUGGCGGAGGCCAUUGGGGGCAACUUCAUGCCGCCCUCGAUGGCGUUGAUUCGCAACCUUCGGGCCUUUCGCAUCUUCCGGCUCUUCAAGCGGAUCAAGUCGCUCAACAAGAUCAUCGUCUCGCUCGGCAAGGCGAUUCCCGGCGUCGCCAACGCGUUUGUCAUCAUGGUGAUAAUCAUGUGCAUCUAUGCCAUCCUCGGCGUCGAAUUCUACCACAUGACGGGCUCCGACGGCACCUAUGUCACGUACAACGACAACGUCAAGCGAGGGCUCUGCACAGGGGACGAGGUAGAGUUGGGCCAAUGCUCGCUCAACCAGACGGUCUCGUCCGAGACGGCGAGAGGGUACACGUAUGGCGAGGAGUAUUAUGGCACCUUCUUCCGCGCGUUGUACACGCUCUUCCAGGUGCUGACGGGCGAAUCGUGGUCCGAGGCUGUCGCUCGCCCCGCCGUCUUUGAGUCGCACUAUGACUCGUUCGGGCCCGUCCUCUUUUACGUCUCGUUUAUCAUCAUCUGCCAGAUCGUACUGAUCAAUGUCGUG